CUACUCCUCUCCCUUCUGUCGUAAAAAAAGAAUUCGAGUAAAACCAUAUUUGCUGAAUUUAUUUCCUAAAACUUUACAAUGGCUAAAGAUGCAUUAACUUUAAAAAAUGAGGCUAAUAGUGCUCUUAAAGAAGGAAACAUUUCUAAAGCUGUAGAGCUCUAUUCUGAGGCAAUCAAACUUGACUCCCAGAAUGCUAUCCUUUAUUCAAAUCGUUCACUUGCCUACUUGAAGCUGGAAGACUUUGGACUCGCUAUUAAUGAUGCUAGUAAAGCCAUCGAGAUAGAUCCAAAUUUCGCAAAAGCGUAUUACAGAAGAGCCGCUGCUCACAUAUCCCUUUUCCAGCCUAAGGAUGCCGUGAAAGAUUAUAAAAUGGCUGUUAAUAAGGCCCCAAACGAUGUUACUGCCCGCUCAAAACUCCGCGAAUGUGAAGGACUGUUGAAAAAAAUCCGAUUCCAAGAGGCCAUUCAAGUAAGCGAUCCUCCAUCUGCUUUAGAAAAUGUAAAUAUUGACGAUAUGGAUGUUUCUGCCGAUUAUGAUGGUGUCGAACUCAAAGCCCAAAUGACUGAAGAAUUCGUUUUCAAUAUGUUGGAGCGUUUCCAAAACGGAAAAAAGUUACCUCUCAAAUAUGCCUAUAGUAUUUUAAGAGAUAUUAAGGAACAUUAUGAGAAAGUUCCUUCCUUGGUUGAUGUUCGUUUGAAGGACGACGAAACUUUGGUCGUUUGUGGUGAUACACACGGUCAGUUUUACGAUCUUUUAAACAUCUUCAAAUUACAUGGUUAUCCAAGCCAUACUAAUAAGUAUCUUUUUAAUGGCGAUUUCGUUGACAGAGGUUCUUGGUCUACUGAAGUUGCAUUUACCUUAUAUGCAUUUAAACUGUUAUACCCCGAUUCCAUUUUCUUAAACCGAGGAAACCAUGAAACUGAUGACAUGAAUAAAGUUUAUGGUUUUGAAGGAGAAUGCAAAGCUAAGUAUAACGAAAGAACCUUCAACAUUUUUUCAGAAACUUUCACUGCGCUACCACUGGGUACAUUGAUUGCUGACACUUAUUUGGUAUUACAUGGCGGCUUGUUUUCUAACGAUAAUGUUACUUUGGAUCAGCUUCGUAAGAUUGAUCGUUUCAGCACGAAACAACCAGGUCAGUCCGGACUUAUGAUGGAGAUGCUCUGGACUGAUCCCCAAACUCAACCAGGUCGUGGUGUCUCUAAGCGUGGUGUUGGUUUACAAUUUGGUCCAGAUGUAUCUAAGAAAUUCUGUGAAGCAAAUGGGUUGCGUGCCAUUAUCCGGUCUCACGAAGUCCGGGACCAAGGUUAUGAAGUUGAACAUGACGGUUACUGUAUCACUGUUUUUAGUGCUCCUAACUAUUGUGAUUCUACAGGUAAUAAGGGAGCUGUCAUUAAAGUUAAGAAAGAUAUGGAACUUGAUUUCCAUCAAUUCGAAGCCGUUCCUCAUCCCAACAUUCGCCCUAUGGCUUAUGCGAAUGGAUUGCUAAGUGGCAUGUGAACCGUGCAUCCUUUAAUUGUCCUUGCUUCUCAGGUGUUGUUGGUCCUUCUUAUUCUAUAUUUAGCUAGUUUUGGUUACACAUUUAAGCAUCAUUAUCUCUUAAGUUGAGACUUUCUUUUUUAUUCUGUUCCGAAGCCUAUAUAUUUAAAGAUAUAGAGGAUAGUGAUAGCUAAUACUUUAGAUUAUUUAUUUCAGUGGGAAGCCUUGUGUGUUCUAAUAGAUAUCCUUACAUUUUAGACUAUACAGCAUCCUUGAUGAACAGGAGGGUAAUGUUAACCGUGCGAUGAAUGUAAUCCAAGUCCUAUUGUCGUAGCAUAAUUGACACAUGAAUUGCUUUCCUCGUAGU